UGGGUCCCACUGAGUUUCUGUUCUGACCCGCCCGUCUCUGUCCGCAGUACGUCCCGUGACGAGUCUCUCUACCCGCCCGUGCUGUCGGAGGCGCACUGCCUGCUGAAGGGCUGCCGGGACCUGGAGGGGAAGGAGGACCAGAACCUGCAGUCCCGGCCCAUCUGGUACCAGGUGAUGGUUCUGAAGCGGGUCAAGACGAACGAGACGGAGCAGAGCUACCACUACCGCCUGGAGACCCGCAACGUUCCCGUGGGCUGCACCUGCGUCCGGCACACGGUCCAUGUCCAGGAGUGAAACCGGGUCCAGAACCAGGUCCAGAACCUGGCGGUUCCGAGUCGCUGCCUUCUCUGAGGAGUUUUGCAUCAAGUUGUAUAAACGGACCACUAAGUUUGGCGUCAGGAGGCGUCCCGCCUUGUUGGUGCUUAUUUAAGUUUUAUUUAACAGUUUGACCGUCAGCAGAUAUUUAUUAUUAUUACUGAUGUAUUUAUUAUCCUGAUCAAUAAAGUUCAGACACUGAAUGAUCCUGCUUCUUUAUUCUUUAAAAUAGAUUUCUGUACAACACGUCCUUUAACUAGGCCGAUGGAUAAGAGCAGCUGCACCCAUCCAUCCAUCAUCCAUCCAUCAUCCAUC